AGGAAAACAAAUUUGUUCGAAAUUUAACUAAUAUUUAAAAGUAGUUUUUUCACUCAUGUAUCGUUAUUAAUUAAAGAUGGCUACAUUUAAUAAUAAACACUGGCUAUUAACACACAUAAGGAACUCUUUUAUAAGCACAGAUGAUACAGGAAUAUCGGAACUAGUUAUGAACAGCGAUGAUUUAGCAAAGAAUCUAGCAAAUUCGUAUUCAAAAAUGAAAUUAUCGCCUGGGAAUAACGCAAUAGUGGAUGAAUCGCUUUUUUACAUCUAUCCGGAUCUAAUAAAUGAGGAAGAGGAUACAGAGGAUCUGCUGUCGCAGUCGUUUGAUAUAAAUUACACACAAGAAGGACCGUUUGCCUUUCGUUUUCGGACAAAUACUGCAGCAAAGUUAGAGAAAAUCAGUGAAAUAAGAAAGAAACAGAGUCAGAUGAAAACUGUUAAGGUCGACGAUUCAAUAAUUAAAUUAAAUCAGGAAAUUGAGGAUGAUAGUACGUUAUUUAUACGGAAAGAAGUGAAUAAGACAAUUAAUGAACCAGUACGGUCGAAACUUACUGAACAAUUUGAAACUUUACCUCCAAUACAGCUUAAUAAAUUCCGUGAAUAUUCAAUAUUCGACGGAUCGAGCUAUCCAAGCAAUGAAUCAAAAACAAUUCAAGUUUAUAUCACACCCAUUUCUGAGCUAAAAGAUUAUCCUAUAAGGUGUUGCGUUCAUUCAAUUGCUAAAAUUGAAGAAUUCAUUGGUUACAUACUGUUUAAAUGUUUAAAUUUAUAUCCCGAAUAUGCUGAACAUUUAGAGGAAGUAAAGAAUUAUGGAUUGUUCAUUAGUGAUGAGAGCGGCGAGCCAGAUUUAGAUUUUCCAGCACUAGAUUUGACUGAGGUUAUAGCAAAGUAUCAAUUCAAUAUUUUAGCACUUGCAAAACGAGUUAUUCCUCACAUGCAAAAUCGAACGUUGUCUGUUGCAUCGGAUACAACAACUGUUUUUAUUCAUCCCGUGAUUAGACAGCCAUCAAUUGAUACAAAUCGAUCGCUUCCUACAAAUCUCAGAAACAAUCAAAAUGAAUUAGCUAUGAAUGUGCACGAAACGAUGGUCGAGGCUCCCAUCUAUCAAGCCUAUCGAGUUUACCUCGUGACGAAGAAGCAUUUCAAAACGGAGGUCCAGCUCGGGAUAUCGGCAGAGAAGAUAGAAGUAGAUCCACUUCAACAGAAAAGCUCAAAUUAUUUCUUUAGACUUAAAUCAACGCAUUUUUCUAUGGAGAGUGUGGCAUUUUGUGAAGUAACGUCACGAAAAUCUAGUCGAUUUGAAUUUAGAAUUUCAUAUAAUCCUUUACAUUAUGAUCCAUUGUCAUUUGCUGCAUCUACCUCAUUUGAUACAACGAUCAGUUUUCCCAGCUAUACGUUAAAAACAAUGACAUUCGAAACAGACCCAACAACAGCUGAACAAAUAUGUCUAAAAGUGAACAAUAUUUUACUGCUAAGGACGAGUUCUGUGAGACGAGAAUACUUGAAUAGGCAUGAAAAGAUUAAGAAAAGUUUUAUACGAAAGAAAAAGUUUCCGAUUUAAAGAUUAAAUUCUUUUCAAUUACCUUCGGUGCAUAAAAGCUGUGCUUGAUAUUCAGAAUCAAAUUCGUGUGAUCAAAGAUGUGUUUUUAAGGGAUUAAAAUUUUUUGAAUUGACGCAUUUUUUACUUUUACAAAUUCAAUUGACUUUCAUUAUUCAAAUUUUUACGGUUUCCAAAAAUAUAAAUGAAUUGAACUGACCUUAACUCCAUAAACUCAACCGAAAUGAACAGCUCUGAGACAGCUUCAAAAAAAAAUGUUUAAAAUUUUCCUCACAAAUAGCUUUUAAAGGUAUCGAAGUGUACUGAGAUGAAAUAAAUUGUGAAUUAAUGAACAGUCAGGCUUUGAUCAAUCGAGCGCAGACUGAAAAGCAAUUUCUUUGAGAGCACGAAUUUAAGAUGAAACUCACACAGCUAUGCAAUAAAAACAGAUAACGUCAGUCAAAUUGAACAUGCCUUAGGCAAUAAAAAUAUGAUUUUUACGUUUGUUAAAAUAUAAAUGAAGAUUUUUUUAAGAGAGAAGAUGAAAACAUAAAUAUUAAAAAACAUUUCACUGCCAAAGAACACCUCAUUAAUAAUGUAAAUGAUAAUAUUUAAUAAAAUAAUACAAUCGUCUAAUACGGUAAUAUGGUUAAUGCAAAAACUGUAAAUUUUAACGAAAUGUGGCUAUAUCAAACUAAUAUUAUUUUGUAACUUGUAAAUAUAGUUA